AGGUCGAUGACGUCGGCGGGCAGUCGUGGAUCGACGAUUAGUCUCUCCCGUCUCCGUCAUCGUAAGCCUCCCAUCACCAGUUAACUUGUCACCAGCUUUUGUCAUAAAAUGUCAUACGAUAAGCUUGCUCUCGCCGGUAAGUGAACAGUUGGCGGCGGUGCUUUCGCAUCCCGGCCCGUCCACCUCUUGAGAUGUGAUGGAAAUCUCCGGCUUGCCAGUUGUCGGGGCCCGCGUCUGGGUCCGGAGCCGAUGUCCCGCAUGGUACACACGAUAUUUCGUACAAGAUUUAUCUAAAGCCAGCUCGAACCAAAGCCUCGCGAUGAAUACCACAACGGUUGCCAUCUGUUUAGCCACAGGCAAUGCAACCUCCAACUCAUCCCAUCUCCACAAACCAUCUCAUUCCAAAUGCCAACGCCGCUCAACUCUCAUUGGUCUACCCCGCCCAUCGACACCGAAAGCCAAGACACUCUUUACCCCAACAGCGUGGAGUGUGGUGCUUGACCGGACGAGGGGGAUGGAGAAGCACGGCUCCGAUUCGGCCUCGACAUGUGCCGCCGAGCUCCGGCGACCCGCGAUUUGCCCGUUUCUACCGGUGGUCGUCCCGUCUUUGCUCUCGAGAUGGCGAUUGGUGCUGAACCCCCGCAUAACCCAUCGACAAUUCGAUUGGAGAACCCGAAUUGCAUAACGUAUGGUGUGAUGUCGCGCAAACUUUCGCCUUUUCCACGGCCCGCGCGCUGGUGGUGUGGUGGUUGAUGUCGGAAGGGCGUAUAAGACAUGCCCAA